AUGGUUCACGUGCGCGCAAUGCACAACCUGGUACUCCUGAUACUGGGUAUUCCACUCAUUACCAAGACACAGGCCUUGAAUGUGAAUAGUGUUGGAGCGAAUGUCCAAGGUGACCCUGAGUUAAACCUCGGCAAAGGUUUGGCUUUAAAUAGCGUCGUAGACAAUGUAACAGGGAAGAAGACUUCAGAAGAACUAACAACAAAAACGGACGAUGCAUCGACCGGCAAAAUGACCGCCGUGACAGAGAACUUAUCGCCAGUUAACCCCAUCCAGUCGUCUUUGCUCGCACCGCCACCAGCGCCACCGGAUAAUUCCACCCCGCCUUCGGAUAAUUCCACCCCGCAAUUGAUCUCGCCAACGGUUAAUCCCACUCCGCCAUCAACCACGCCCUCGGAUUCUCUCUCCACGCCACCAAGUAAUCCUACCUCGCCACCGAGUAAUCCUACCUCGCCACCGAGUAAUCCUACCUCGCCACCAAGUAAUCCUACCUCGCCACCGAGUAAUCCUACCUCGCCACCAAGUAAUCCCACACCUCUCAUGGGAAGUCUUAUCUCGCCAUCAGCACUACUGGAUAGUCUUCACUCGCCACUGACCCCGCCUUUGGUUGAUUCCACCCCGCCUUCGGAUAAUUUCACCCCGCCAUCGAUCUCGCCAUCGGUUAAUCCCAUUCUGCCAUCAACCACGCCCUCGGAUUCUCUCUCCACGCCACCAAGUAAUCCUACCUCGCCACCGAGUAAUCCUACCUCGCCACCGAGUAAUCCUACCUCGCCACCAAGUAAUCCUACCUCGCCACCGAGUAAUCCUACCUCGCCACCAAGUAAUCCCACACCUCUCAUGGGAAGUCUUAUCUCGCCAUCAGCACUACUGGAUAGUCUUCACUCGCCACUGACCCCGCCUUUGGAUAAUUCCACCCCGCCUUCGGAUAAUUUCACCCCGCCAUCGAUCUCGCCAUCGGUUAAUCCCAUUCUGCCAUCAACCACGCCCUCGGAUUCUCUCUCCACGCCACCAAGUAAUCCUACCUCGCCACCGAGUAAUCCUACCUCGCCACCGAGUAAUCCUACCUCGCCACCAAGUAAUCCUACCUCGCCACCGAGUAAUCCUACCUCGCCACCAAGUAAUCCCACACCUCUCAUGGGAAGUCUUAUCUCGCCAUCAGCACUACUGGAUAGUCUUCACUCGCCACUGACCCCGCCUUUGGUUGAUUCCACCCCGCAAUUGAUCUCGCCAACGGUUAAUCCCACUCCGCCAUCAACCACGCCCUCGGAUUCUCUCUCCACGCCACCAAGUAAUCCUACCUCGCCACCGAGUAAUCCUACCUCGCCACCAAGUAAUCCCACACCUCUCAUGGGAAGUCUUAUCUCGCCAUCAGCACUACUGGAUAGUCUUCACUCGCCACUGACCCCGCCUUUGGAUAAUUCCACCCCGCCUUCGGAUAAUUUCACCCCGCCAUCGAUCUCGCCAUCGGUUAAUCCCAUUCUGCCAUCAACCACGCCCUCGGAUUCUCUCUCCACGCCACCAAGUAAUCCUACCUCGCCACCGAGUAAUCCUACCUCGCCACCGAGUAAUCCUACCUCGCCACCAAGUAAUCCUACCUCGCCACCGAGUAAUCCUACCUCGCCACCAAGUAAUCCCACACCUCUCAUGGGAAGUCUUAUCUCGCCAUCAGCACUACUGGAUAGUCUUCACUCGCCACUGACCCCGCCUUUGGUUGAUUCCACCCCGCCGGAAUUCCCCGAUCUCGCCAACGGUUAA